GCCGUGAUGAAUGACUACGGCUCCGUUCCAUCGGUCACAUCUUCCAUGCCGAGGAGAAAGACUGCUAUGAUGUACGCAGGGAUUGCCGUUCUGGCUUGCAUGGCCGUGAUCGGUAUGGCAUUUGUUUCCUACGAUCAGGAUGAGGGUUUCUGGGAUGAUGGCUCCGUCACUCUCGCUCAACUCAACAAGCAAGAGAUGAAUGAGAUCCUGGCAAAGGCCAAGUCGAUGUCGACCGAUCAGCUCCGUGCUGAGGUUGCUCAGCUCGAGGCGGACAAGCGCACUCGCAGGACUUCCUUGGCUUCCAAGGUUCGCAAGCAGUCACUCGUUGUAAGGGGCGGACAGGAAGACGUCGCUGGAAACCCUGAGGGCGGGAUCAUCGAGAACGUUCCUCCCACGGUGGUUGCGCCUGUUCCUGGCCCUCCUGACUUCAACGGAGCCUCUGCCAUCAUUGCUCGCCUGCCCAACAUCGGAUUUGCUCCUUCUAUGCUCACUGAGAAGGGCUUCGAAACUCGUGGCAGCUUCACUGUGCGCAAGUCUAGGGCUGGCGAGUCGUUCUACCUUCGCGUGUACGGCAAGCUCAACCACAACAUGCGAUGCACUCUCCGUGGCUACAGAAACUUGAUGGGAGACUUCACGGGCAACACCAUCUACACCGGUUUCAAGAAGAUCUACACCGGCAAGUCACAGGUUCAGACCGGUCACAUCCCGCGUGGCAUUGUUGGCGAGUUCGACAUCAUGACUUGUAGGGACCUCAACAACGGAGAAGUUCAGUAUUUCCGCAUCAGAUACGAUUAAGUCCCGAGUUUGAGGCAGUAGUUUUCAAUUGUCUAGUGCUUACCUGUCGCAAUGAAGAUUGUGAAACUG